AUGGGUCUCCGUUUGAAGGGGGCCGGAACAAUAAGGGAUGCAUUUGAAGACCUGGAAAAUAACACGGACCAAAAAGAUGGAAGGUUAAGUGGAGGCAAAUCAGGGAAUAGUCUCACUACACUUGUGUUGUUACGAGCACGAUAUGGCCGUGUAGCUAUCUGUGCUUUUGAGGCACCAGGUGCUGUACCAGAUGUGGUGGUGUUACAGAUGAAUGAAAGAAGGUGCAAGCUUCCGCAUGCAUGUCAGGAAUUUUAG